CCUCACACAAAAUGACCAGUCUCCGAACUCAGGGGGAGCAAGGCAUUGUCUGCUCCAAACAAAGCUCAUGCUGUGAGACCGUGAGACCAGGGCUCUUGCUAACGGGGACCCCCACCAUGAGACAGAAAUGUUCUUUCUGCAUUUCUACCCUCUUUAUCUUUCCCACCUCUUAGGAGAAACAAACCUCCACACUGGCACUGAACUGGGUCCCGUAGAAACCAAACUAACUCUUCUUGGAGACGCCUGGAUCUGGUUUGAGCCUGCCCCUGCUCCCAGACUUCUCAGAAGACCCCUCUGGCCACUUUCGCCUGCAGGCCUUCCUAUGGUCUAGCAUACCUUCCUUCCUCCUUUGGGCCACAGGGCUUCCUCUUCAUUCCAGCUCGCCAUUCAUCCUCCAAGCAUCCCAGGAAGUGGGAACCACCUAUCGGAAAGAUCAGAUUCUUGGGAGGUGACAGUGUCACCUCUGCCUCACUGCUCAUCAGCCCUCAGCCCUCAGCCCUCACCUUGGCAGGGAGAGCUGACUUCCUCUGUUUCUCAGGCCUGGAGAGGCAAGUGUAAGGGGAGAUGAAGAAGGGGAGGGCUAGGAGGAGGAACCAGGCCUGGAAAGGGGCAGGUCCAGUCCCAGAGUGGGAGGAGGAGCCGGGCACUGAGGGUGUUGGCUAAAGACCACAAAGUGAGGAAGGAGAGGCGUGCAGGGACCCAGAUAUCUCAGGCCCUCUCAGUGCCUGGAGCAGGUGGGGGCAGGGGCAGGGCAUCUGGGAAAUAGGCCUCCCUCUGGAAUUCAGCGUUGAGCUGCUGCGUAAGUCACUGGCUCCUCGGAUCUACAAGACAACAGUGAGGACUACAAAGGAGCAAGUGCCACACUCUGAAAGGACAGCGUCCGCCACGCACCAUGCGGUUGGCCCUGGUGCUGCUGCUGCCCACAGCGCUGCACCUGAGCCUGGCCGAGCCUCCCCAGGAGAUGGUCCCUAUUUUCCGCCUCACUCAGCUGGGCCCCUCGGGAAGCGGGGCCAACGACACCACCACCACCGGCUCGCCCUGCCAGGGGCCCUUCGCCGUGGGGGCCACGACCUUGACUCUGGCGAACCGCAGCCUGGAGCGCCUGCCCCGCUGCCUGCCCCGCGCGCUGCGCAGCCUGGAUGGCAGCCACAACCUGCUGAGCACCCUGAGCGCGUCAGAGCUGGGCCCCCUGCCAGAGCUGCAGGUGCUCAAUCUGCACCACAACCGCAUCGGCGCGCUGCGCUGGGACCCCGGCUGGCCCGCGGGGCUGCACACGCUGGACCUCAGCCACAACCGCCUGGCCGCCCUGCCGCCGUGCACCCGGCCCGUUCUGGGCAGCCUCCGGGCCCUGGAGCUCGCCGGCAACCCCCUGCGGGCGCUGCCCCCCGGGGCCUUGGCCUGCUUCCCCUCGCUGCGCCUGCUCAACCUCUCCGGCACGGCGCUAGGCCAGGGGGGCAUCGCCGACGCCGCCUUCGCGCCCCUGGCCUCCCUCGAGGUCCUGGACCUCAGCGGCACGCUCCUCAAGCAGGUUCAGCCGAGGUGGAUCCAAGACCUGCCCAAGCUCACAUCCCUCCACCUGAGGAAGAUGCCCAUGCUGCGGAGCCUGGAGGGGGACAUUUUCAAGACGGCCUCUGACCUGCAACAACUGGACUGCCAAGACUCCCUCGCGCUUACCUCUGUCCAGACACUUAUCUUCCAAGACACUCCUCGCCUACAGCUCCUGCUGCUGCAGAACUGCAACUUGAGUUCCUUCCCUCCUUGGACCCUGCAUUCUUCCCAGGUUCUAUCCAUCAACCUCUUUGGCAACCCCCUUACUUGCAGCUGUGAGUUGUCCUGGCUCCUCAAGGAUGUCAACAGGACCAUCCUGAGCAGGGCGGCAGACACGGUGUGCACACCCGCUGCAGGAUCCCGCGGGGCCCUCUCCGCCCCUCUCCCGCUGUCCCAGCUGCCCGGUGUGUGCCACGGGGACCAGAGCACCGUCCUCCUGGAUCCCAGGCCACCCAUCUCUGCGGGCCCCACCCAUGCGACUUCUACACCCGGUCCCUUCGCCCCGCAGCUGAGCACAGCCACCUCCUCUCCAGCUGGGGGAGGCCGACGGACUGUCACCAAGGCGCCCUCCCACGCUGUGAGCACCCCCGCGUGGGCCACCGCUGUCUCCAUAGCGGGUCCCAGGAACUCCAGCGCUGCCAGCCGGGCCUGGACAGAGCACGAACGCACUGCCCCGCCUGACCCGGACCCUCCUGUUUCAGCUGCCUCCAUCCCGCCCGCCAGCAAACAGCGUGGGCUCCCCGCUGCCUCCCGGAACCCUCUGAGCACCCCCCGGCACUCCCGGACGACACAGGCCACCCCGCAGCCUCCCCACCCGAGUCCUUCCGAGGAGGGUGGAAUUCCAGUCUUGGUUUUGGACGACUCUAGUGAGGAGGAAGAGGAGGAGGAGGGGAAGAAGGGGAAGGAGAAGGUAGUGAGUGCGCCCCCUCAGGGCGUGGCCUGUGAUUACCACCCAUGCAAGCACCUGCAGACGCCGUGCGCCGAGCUGCAGAGGCGCUCCAGGUGCCAGUGCCCCGGCUUCAGCCAGGAGGACGCCGUGCCGGAGCCUCCCAAGCUGCAGGGGUUGUCGGAGGUCACAGACACGUCCGCCCUGGUCCGCUGGUGCGCCCCCAACUCGGUGGUGCGCAGCUACCAGAUCCGCUACUCGCCGGAGGGCGGGCCCGGGAACCAGUCCGCCGCCGUGGGGGACAUCUAUGCCACGGCGCGGCAGCACCCGCUGUACGGGCUGUCCCCUGGCACCACGUACCGGGUGUGCGUCCUGGCGGCCAACGGGGCCGGACUGAGCCCGACGCAGGCCCCGGGCCGGCGGGAGCCGUGCGCCUCCUUCACCACCAAGCCCAGCUCCGUGCUCAUCCUCGCGGGGCUGAGCGCCGCGGGCGGCCUGCUGCUGGUCAGCACCCUGGUGCUGUCCGCCUGCCUCUGCCGGCGCGGCCGCAGGCAGAGCUACCCCGCGCACCUGGUGGCCUACAAGAACCCCGCCUUUGACGACCCGUUGAAGCUUCAGACCUUCAGCUAGCCCGGCUUCCCCUCCCCAGACGAACUGGAGCUGAGGAAUUGGUGCAGAAAAGAAGAUACCGAGGAUCCGACGCGUCCCCAUCAGUUCUGAGCAUCUGUCAUUCCAGGGAAGCCAAGGACCGCUCCCCCCCCACACACAAACUGGCCACGUCCAGUCUUUCAGUCCAAGGAACUUCUCUCCCUGCGACUCCACUGGGUCUGUUUCCAGAAACGUGAUGGCCCACGUCAAAGCACCCCUCUUGGAGCUGGGCAUUCUUGUGUGGGUGUGUUUUUUUAAAAAUAUUUUUGCCAGUAUUUUUUAUUAUAAACAAUAGGAUAUCUAGGCUUGUGAAACAAAUAAUAUUGAUAACGGGAUACAAAUAAAUCCCAGUAAUACUGCAUCAAACUUGUAUUGCUUUUUAAAGAUAUAUUUAUUUAAAAUAUUUCUCCUGGAAUGAAGCUAUUCUUAAAUCCUCUCCACACAACCCCCCCUUCCCUUAGUAUUGAUUUGUCUGCA